AUGGCUCCCAAUGUGCGGUUACCUCCUGAUUCAGACUCAGAAUACUCCGAUCCAGGCUUAGAAUGCUCGGAUGAGUCUGAUGUUGAUAGUGUUUUUGACAACGAUGAUCAUGAGGGCUCUGAGUGUGGGAGCGAUGCGACUGUCUUGGGAGAGUCUUCUGAUGAGGAUGACGUGGACUUCAAAGACGCCGUUAACCUAUUUGGUGGAAAUACGCACCCACCAGAAUACUAUCAAAACGCAGUAAAAGACUUUGACGAGAGCCAUUACGACGGUCAAGAUUACAGCCCGGGCAGUGAUAUUCUCUUGGAUGCAAUAGAAGACACAUGGAAAGAGUUCUGCAAAGUUGUUAACCGCGACCCCAAAGAAAGUUAUACAUCCCUAUCUAUAGGCAUUUUAUACAAUUUCUUCAAUUGGCGCUUAAAUCAACAAGUCAAUAAAGAUGGGCGAAAGCUAUGUGGAACAAAGAAGAAAAGUUCCUUGAGUACAUACUGGAAAGUGUUCCGGCUAUGUGUUGAAAGGGCUACCGGCGAUAAGAUUGACCCAAAAUUGAACCGGAAGAUGCAUAGAGCUCUUAGAGACCUAGCCAAGAAGCACGGGCUGAGUGACGAGAAGCGGGUGAACCGCUGUAUGACUAUUGAAGAUCUGUCGGAGCAGAUCAGAACAACACUAAGCACAACCGAAAAAUGUUUCCAGCUAGGAGAGAUUCGAAUUCUUGCAGUGUUAUUUCUCCUUUUACUUGCUCCUGCCGGCGCUCGCCCUGCAUCCAUUUUACGCCUUCGAUUCGGUGAUAUUCGUGCAGUAUUAGCACGGGAUCCUGAAGGUGGUGCACAUAACAUCCUUACUCGAUUCACCUUAGCUUUCACAAAGACAUACCUUGGAGUUAAAGAUGCCAAGACCUUUACAGUUCCUGAGAACUUCUUUGAUCCUUCACUAUUCCUCAGCCCUCACGUCUACCUUAUGGGCAUCCUGUUUCGCCAUCAGGUAUUCAAGGCUCCAAGCCUCACCUCCCCCGAUAAGCUAGAUAUGCUCGAUAUCCACGCAGGAGAAAAAGAACUGCCGCUACCUUUAAAGAGAGAGUUCGAUGAUCGUUUGGUAUUCCGCCGCGCUGUAAAGACCCUUACUGGAUAUGAUAUCUCCAUGGAUGCACCUAUUACGUAUGGAAUGAUGGCGAGAUGGAUCAGACGAAUUGGUGAGAUACUAGGCUUUGAGUAUUCCACAAUACCAUACAGUCUGCGCUACGCUGCGGCUAAUGGGUUUGACCAAAGCGUUGAUAUCAGCGAAGCGUUGCGAAACCUAGCUUUAGACCAUGCCAACUCCGUUCCAUUUCAGAGACAUUAUCUCGGGCGAGAAGUCAACGCUGAUACGUGGGCCAUUCUCCGAGGUCAAAAGCCACAGCAGGCGCUGAUAAAACAGGCCUGCAGUGUUGGCCACUCGAUUAGCAAGCGCCGACCAACAGACCUCACUGCUGAGCAAGUCGCCUCUGUAAACACGCACCCUCUGAUCAGGAAACUCGAACUAGAACUCCGACGAAUGAAGCGAGGGUCUAAUGAACAUGCUAAAGCCCUUCGCAAACUGAGAAAUGAGAAACUGAGACUCAAAAGAUCGCUCAAGCAGAAUAUCCGAAAUGAGUGGACGGACAGCCAGGCUGUCGAAGACAUUGAGCGUCAACUAAGAGGUGAAUGGAACCCCAACCAAGUUGUUGAUAAGGGCUGCCGUCCUCAAGGAUCGGCCCAGAAAUAUCUGGUGCAAGCCCUGGCUGCCAAGUGCGACGAUACGAUCGAGGGCUAUUAUCGAAGACGGAAUGAUGCAAUUAACGCUAUCAUUGCAUACUGCACGGUUGAAGAAGGGCCGACAAUGCGGCGUAAAAACACGUCACCAACUGAAACUCAACUUACACCUACAACGGAUACGCAGAAGGAAGGUCCUCUGCAAAAAGCGCUAAAAAUCGCGCUGAAGGCCAUCAGGGUAAAAACGGACAAGGAGCGACCCAGAUACUGUUUUUUAUGCGUUGGUAAAGCUCUCACUUUACAACCAGACGAUCCUUUGAUAAAAGAUCUAGUCCGAGAGUUCUACACGUCCGGUGAUACAGCGAAGCACUUUCGUCGCAGGCACCUUUCCAUUUUAGAGGACCAUCAUGUGAUCUAUUGUCGGGUUUGCGACGAAACACUAGAACACAAGAAGCACUUGCAGAACCAUGGCUUGAAGUGCCAUGGUCUCAAAUCUUAG